GAUCCCCGGCGACAGUUGCUGGAUGCCCUACGCCAUCCCACGGGCGAGAAGGAUAUCUGGCUCCGGCAACCCUUGCGUGUGGCAGGAUGGCCAGCGAUGGCCAGAGUCACAGUGGAAAGAAGGGACGCCUCCGAGAUUGCGCUGUCCUUACAGCCGGCCUGCAACGGGACGCCUGGGCCGUCUUGCCAAUGCUGCCCGAGUCGUUGCGCCGGGCCACAAGAAGCUUCGGAAGGAGUGCCGACGUUGCAUUGCAAGGUCGUAUGGCAGGAGACCGGCGAGGAACUUUGCGCUUUGCGCUUGCUCUCGUUGCCAAGCUCCCUGGCGGCCCGGACCACCCAGUUGAACGCACGCUGGGCAAAGGCCCAGCUGAUGCUGGCGGGGGUGCCCGUGUACUGCCCGCUCUAUGCAGUCGAAUCACUCGGUCUCGGCUACUGCCUCGUCGAAGCGCUUCCGGGCGUUUCGCUCUCCGACUUGAAGCGAACUUGUGGUGAAAACACACGCACGCGCGUGGGCGACCAUCUGGCGUAUUGCAAGGAGAAACUCUCUGUCCUGGCUGCAACCUGCGCAGCUAUGCUAGCGGCCUGCUACCUGCUUGGGGCGGCGGCCGGCGAUGGGGACACGUUAAGGAUCCUUCCCGACGGCUCCAUCGUGCGAACCGGCUUUUGCGGCCUCUUUGGUGGCGCCUCGGUGCUCGAUGCUCCGCCUGUGUGGCUUCCACAGGCCGUCACGUAUGCCCUGGGCCACCGAUGGUCAGACGUGCAGCUCACCGCCUUGCAUGCCUUUCGCCUGGCGGUGGACGUUCUGGCACCCUGGCCGCCGGAGAACCGGCUCCACCGCUGCUGGGCAAAGGCC